CUCCUAAACAAUAAUCAACAACAACAACAAUGCCCAGCAUGUCCAUCGAGCUGAAUCGCUGGGUGCAGUGUCGGACUGUCCUCCUCGACAUUGAGGGGACCAUCUCAAGCAUUUCCUUCGUCAAGGACGUUCUGUAUGCCUACGCACUUGACCGUCUCACAACACUAGCACGCCACUCGUGGGACGAUCCGGCUUUUCAAGACCUAAUUGCGGGGUUCCCAGAAGAGACAAAGGCGGACGCCCAGACACUGCUUGCGCAUGUUGAGGACCUUACGCGUAGAGACGUCAAGGCUGUGUAUCUGAAGCAGCUACAAGGCAAGAUCUGGAAGACCGGAUACGACAACGGUGACCUUAAGACCCCGCUCUUUGACGAUGUGAUCCCGACAUUGGGAGCCUGGAAGGGUGCCGGCAAAACUUUGGCUGUCUUCUCCUCCGGCAGUGUGCAAGCUCAGUUGCAGUUCUUCUCAGUCGUCGAAGAUGGCUCCACUACACGAGAUUUGAAGCCUCUCUUUGCAGCGCACUUUGACCCCACCAUAGCGGGUUCAAAGCUCGAGACGAAAUCAUACGAGAAGAUCUGCCGCGAUCUUGGCCAGGAGGCUGCAGAAGUGACCUUCCUGACAGACAACGUGAAAGAAGCCGAAGCUGCGACCGAUGCGGGUGUGCUCACCAUACUGGUGGAUCGUCCCGGCAACGCGCCGCUGUCGCAAGAGUCAAGGGCGCGGUUUCCGGUCAUCCAGAAGCUGACUGAUCUGCCGUGAUGCGAGGGCAACUGACGUAGAGUGCGGCGAGAGACAUAUGGAAGGACAAUGUAAGGACGAAGGGAGCUGGCGGUGUAUGUUUCUGCAUCGGUAGCUGAGCCGAAAAGGAAAUCUGGGUCAUGAGCUAGCAUACGAGGAAACAUUAUGGAGCAU